AUGCCCAUCAACGCUAUCGUGGAUGCCGUCCCAUCUAUUGCGGAUGCUUUACUCGAUAGCCCAAUCACGUCUGCUGCUGUUCAAAUCGUUACCGUUCCUGGCGAAGCCCCGAGUAAUUCAUCCGUACAAUCAACUCCACUGAUUCGAGCUCCUCUUCCCAAAAAAGCGGUCAUCGGAAUAACUAUCAGCCUCUCCGUCACUUUCCUAUUCUUCAUAUCAGGCAUUUGGAUAUACCGACGACAACGAGCCAAACAAGAAUUACGGGAGGAGAUCACGGAUGAGCUCCCUCGAGCACUGGGCUAUAGCAACGAAUUGCCAGGGGAAGACCAAAGAGUGGAGAUCGAUGGGAGGAUGAAAGUGAGCGAGCUUUACAAUGAGAAGGGUGUUGCGCAUGAGCUUUCUGGGGUUAAACCAGCAGUUGAACUUCCUGCACAUGCGGCUUCGUCGUAA